AUGUGGAAGAGGAUUCACGCCGCGACGAUUUAUUCCUGCCUGACUUGGGGCGGUAACACUCUGCAACUGGGCUUAACGGCCCUGUACAUGCUCUUUCCUGGAGGACCUGAGCUGGUGGGGAAUUGGACGAUCCUAAGAGUCACGACGCUGAAUCUGGGGAUGCAUGGUGUGGCGUAUGCGACGGUGGCUCCGAGACGGUGGGAUCUUGACGCGCGUAUUGUGUUUUUGAGCCUUUUUACGCUUGUUGUCUGGAUGUUAAUUAUUCCAAUUCGCUACUGCCGUGCGAGAAGGGUUAGGGCAAAGAACCUCGACAGCGAGAUCAUCGAACGUCAAGCGCCUACGUCCUCCAUCAUCUUCUCAAACAUAUAUAGAACACCGGGAAAAAAGUUCCGCAGAUACCUACGACCAAGUUUCUUUUCAUCUUGUGCGCGCACCGCCAUGGAAGCUCCUCCUUACCCAGACGAGCACUCUUCGCCUGCGCAGAUCCCAAGAUACCUCGCCCACCUUCUUGUGACCAGGCGCGGCAUGAAGCGCCUACAGGCCAAUCUGAUCGCCUCUCGCUAG